GCCCCCUGGCAUGAGCAGCCGGAAGCCAACAUGGCUGCCGCCGGGGCCGCAGCGACGGACCUAGAGGUGGUCCGGGGCAAGCGCUCCGCUCUCUUUUUCGCCGCGGUGGCCAUCCUGCUGGGACUGCCGCUCUGGUGGAAGACCACGGAGACGUACCGGGCCCCGUUGCCUUACUCCCAGAUCGGCGCGCUGAAUGCCCUGCAGCUCCGGCUCAUGGUGCCUGUCACUGUCGUGUUUACUCGGGACUCAGUGCCCUUGGACGACCAGGAGAAACUACCCUUCACCGUCGUGCAUGAGCGAGAGAUACCCCUGAAGUACAAAAUGAAAAUCAAAUGUCGCUUCCAGAAAGCUUAUCGGAGAGCUUUGGACCAUGAGGAAGAGGCCCUGUCAUUGAGCAGUGUGCAAGAGGCAGAAGCCAUCUUAGCUGAGGCGGAGGAGCAAGCAGAGGGCUCCCUGACUGUGUAUGUGAUUUCUGAACACUCAUCACUUCUUCCCCAGGACAUGAUGAGCUACAUUGGGCCUGAGAGGACAGCAGUUGUGCGGGGUAUAACACACCGAGAGGCCUUUAACAUCAUUGGUCGCCGCAUCAUCCAAAUAGCCCAGGCCAUGUCUCUGACUGAGGAUGUGCUUGCUGCUGCUCUGGCCGAUCACCUCCCGGAGGACAAAUGGAGCGCUGAUAAGAGGAGGCCUCUCAAGUCCAGCUUGGGCUAUGAGAUCACCUUCAGUUUACUCAACCCAGACCCCAAGUCCCAUGAUGUCCACUGGGAUAUUGAGGGCGCUGUCCGGCGCUACGUACAGCCCUUUCUGAAUGCCCUUAGUGUUGCUGGCAACUUCUCCGUGGACUCCCAGAUCCUUUACUAUGCGAUGUUGGGAGUAAACCCCCGCUUUGACCAAGCCUCAUCCAGCUACUACUUGGCCAUGCAUAGCCUCCCCCAUGUUAUCAACCCUGUGGAGUCCCGGCUAGGGUCCAGUGCUGCCUCCCUGUACCCUGUGCUCAACUUUCUACUCUAUGUGCCUGAGCUUGCCCACUCCCCACUGUACAUCCAGGACAAGGAUGGGGCUCCAGUAGCCACUAAUGCUUUCCACAGUCCCCGCUGGGGUGGCAUUAUGGUAUACAAUGUUGACCCCAAAGCCUAUAAUGCCUCAGAGCUACCAGUGAGAGUCGAGGUGGACAUGGUGCGAGUGAUGGAGGUGUUCCUGGCUCAGUUAAGGCUGCUCUUUGGGAUUGCUCAGCCUCAGGUGCCUCCAAAAUGCCUACUUUCAGGGCCCAAGAGUGAAGGGCUAAUGACCUGGGAACUAGACCGGCUACUUUGGGCCCGGUCAGUGGAGAACCUGGCCACAGCCACCACGACUCUCACCUCCCUGGCCCAGCUUCUGGGCAAGAUCAGCAACAUUGUCAUCAAGGACGAUGUGGCAUCUGAGGUGUAUAGGGCUGUAGCUGCAGUCCAGAAGGCAGCAGAGGAGUUGGCCUCUGGGCACCUGUCAUCUGCCUUUGUUGCCAGCCAGGAAGCUGUGACAUCCUCUGAGCGUGCCUUUUUUGAUCCCUCGCUCCUCCAUCUCCUGUAUUUUCCUGACGACCAGAAAUUUGCCAUCUAUAUCCCACUGUUCUUGCCUAUGGCUGUGCCCAUCCUCCUGUCACUGGUCAAGAUCUUCAUGGAGACUCGCAAGUCCUGGGCAAAGCCAGAAAAGACAGACUGAGCCAGGCAGCAUAUUAGUAGGACCCUUCGCUUUUGGCCAAAGUGGGCGCCUGUACAUUGAGAGGCCCGUGAGACCUUCCUGUGGUGUUUCGUCUUCAGUCUCCUCUGUUGGCUCUCCACCUUCCAAAGGACCACACUCAAGGAGGACUCCUCUUCCCUGCCUUCCUGUUCCUUUGGCUCUGGUCUUCUACCACUCCUAGGAGCCUCAAAAGGCACAUCAUCUGGAUCUCUGUAUCUGGCUUGAACUUGAGGGUCCCAUGGUAUCCCCCUCCAGGGCAGGGGUAUCCUGUACUUUUGAUGUCGGCCUGGUACACUCUUACUGGGAGGGGCCCUUAGGGGAAAGCCCUGGGCUACACUAAUUGGAGCCACCUCUCUUCUCUCCUGACAGCCCCUGGAGUCCUCCUUUGUUCUUCCCUUCUCCUAGCUGACUUCACCCGUUGGAUAUAGCCUGUUAUAGGAGGUAGCAGCUUAGGACUUGGUGCUGUGUGUGUGGCUGAGUUUCCCUUUACCCUUUCAGAGAAGCAGUGUGGGAGAAAGUUUCUGACUUGCAAUCCAGCAGGGCUGAUUCUAGACCCUUGCUUCUGCACUUAAAUUGACUGGGGAGCUUUGUGUAAGCCACUUUUCUCACUUAGCCUGUCUCAAUCCACUGAUAAGGAUGGUUGUGAGGAGUAAAUGUGAUAAGCACGUGAAA